UAAUAUUUGUAAACAAUUGAAACAACAAAUGAAAUUUGUUUGAAAUUAAUAUUUAAUUACAUUAUCUUCUGCACCAUGUCGCUUAAGUCGCUAAACAUUCAAAUUGAAAGUGGAAAGGUGUCAACUGUGAACGUGGUAAAAGGAGGUGGGGUUAAUCAAGGAUUAUUUCAUAAGACCGCUUUAUGGAAUAUAUAAAUACCUACCUUUGCUUCUUUCAAAAGCAGUUUGGAAUGGUCCUGCGUAGAAGCAACAACAUUCAAAAUUUCAAUUUCUUCUUACCAAUUUUAAUAAGCGUGUGUGCUAUUCCAAUAUCAAUGUUCUUUUGGUCGAUAAAUGUUCUUUAUUCAACUCUAUCAUCAGAUACUACUAACAACUACAAUAAUAAUGAAGAGUUGUCACAAAUGAUACCACCAUGGAGAUGGUUGGCUGCCAUUAUAAUUCCAAUAGGAUUCAUGAUUUGGGGAUUAAGAAGAAAGAGUGUCAAUUUAAAAGGAGCAUUAGCAGGAGUUGUGAUAGGUUUUAUAUUGACGCUGACCAACAUCUGUCAUUUGGUAUCUUUAGCGACCUUUUUUGUUACUGGAUCAAAGGCAACUAAAUUUCGUUCCAAUAUAAAAAAGACUCAAGAAAAAGAUUUCAAGGAAGGUGGACAGAGAUCAUGGGUUCAAGUAAUUUGCAACGGAGGAGUUGCUACACAUUUAGCUUUGUUGUAUCUUUUGGAUGUUGGUUGCGGAGAACGUCCAAUAGAUUUUGAUAAAUAUUACAGAAGUUCGUGGUUAUCUAUAGGAAUAUUAGCAUCUUUUGCUUGUUGCAAUGGAGAUACGUGGGCUUCGGAAUUUGGUACAGUCAUUGGUAAAGGUGAUCCAUUUUUAAUUACAACGAGAAAACGAGUUCCUCGUGGAACAAAUGGCGGAGUAUCGUGGUAUGGUCUGUUGUUCUCUACUCUUGGUGGAUUAAUGGUAGGCUUGACAAGUUAUCUCACUAUAUUGUACACAGUUGAUACAGCAACACUUGAAUCAGCAGCACCACAAUGGCCUAUUAUUGUAAUAUGUGGAAUAGCAGGACUGAUCGGUAGUGUAAUAGAUUCAAUAUUAGGAGCAACAUUACAAUAUUCAGGAAUAGACGAAGAUGGUUUUAUUGUUACAAAACCAGGGAAAGGAGUUAAACAUAUCAGUGGUAAACAAAUUUUGGAUAAUCAUGCUGUUAAUCUUGUGUCAACUAUUAUAGUUGCACUCACAUUACCUAAAGUAGCUAAUUUAAUUUGGCCCUGAAAUGAUCCGUGCCACGUAAAAAACGCGUUUCUUCUAAUGUUACAAUAAUAGUUCAUGCGUGAUUAGUAUUAUAUUACAAAUAUAAUACUAAACUCUUAAUAAUAAUAAUAUAUUUUCAAUAGUAAUAUGAAAUAAUUUGUAAAACUUUUUUGAUAAACGUGUCUCUUCCGUACAUUCCAAAACAUGUGAAAUGUGUAAAACACGUGUGCAAUUCACGUGUUAAUACGUCGAUUUGUAUUUUAUUAUUAUGAUUAUUAUUAUUAUCAUUAUCAUUAUAAUAUAUAUAUGUAUAUAACUUUUAU